CAAUCGACGGUAGUUGGACGCGGGAUUCUUUCCAGGAGACACGAUGAAAUACGAAAUCGCGGCUCAGAUAUUUCUCGCGACGGUGCGAGCAGCUCGACAGCAUCGGGAAUUCUCGAUGUUGGCUCUGGACGAGCAGAAUAGAAUCCUCCGGAGAGGAUGGGCAGCGGCGUUUGUCCUGCGAGCCGCUGUUUGGCCAAUCGACUUGGCCAUUUUCUGGAAAACUAACACCGCUGACGUUAUACACGAACGCGCUGACGUUAUAUCCGCCGCAAGAAAUAUCAUCUCUACCAUACGUCCUGAUCCAGUCGAAUUCUCUAUUCUAGAAACCUUGCUUCUCUGCCGACCCGAGAUCGCCGAAACGAUGAACAGUUUCCGGCUGAUGGCGCGGGCAACGGACAUCGCGGUGGAGACUCUGGCACGUCACUUAGCAAAUCGAAACCAAUCCUCGGCUAGAACGAUCAAACUGAUGCUCGUUCUUCCCGUUCUAACGGCUUUCUGUCCCCGAGAACUUGCCGCAGAUUUAUUCGCGCCUAUCAUCGGCGACGUGAAUCUCGAAAAAGUGAUAGCCAGCGUACGCUGAUUCGUCGGCGUGACUUCGACUCGUAAGAAAAUCUAGUCACGGUAGCGUAGCCUGCUUGUCCCUCCUCUGUAUUCCACUUCCAUCUAUCAUCCACUACCCACGAGUUUGACGUUGUACACACUUUUUACCUAGCUGAUU